AUUAAGGGACCAAAUAACAAAUGUAAGUCUUGUGGUGAGUGCUGACAGCAAGGCAAAUAUCAAGAUUGCUGCUGCUUGUUCCUUUCCUUUAAUGGCGUCGAGGAUGAAAAAAAAAAUCUGAAAUUUUAAUAAAUAAUCACUUCAUGAGUCUCACGUCUGUCCUACAUUUCUUACAUCGAACCCAUUAAGCUUUCUUUCCCUCCAUCUUGUUUCUUUAAUUCCAAGCGAAUCUUGUUCAUUUCUUCCUUUUUCUUUGUCCAUUUGUUUGUUCUAAUCGAAACCAAGUAGUAGUCAUGACCGAAGUUCUUCACUCCCCUCAAUCUUCAUCCCCUUCUUCAUUAACGUGCGCUCCCUCUUCUUCCCCUGCAAUCAACAAUGAAGUGGAGAGAGUUGAAGAGAUGGAGGAAGUGUGUUCUAGGGUUACAAUUGUUGAUAAUGGGGAAAUUAAGGAAAGUGAAAGUGAAAGGGAUCAAUUGUCUCUGUUAGCCCUUCUUCUUACUCUUUUCAGGAAAUCUUUCUGGAUUGCUUGCAAGACCGAUGGAGAAGAACUUUCUGGAGGAGGGAUGGAGAUUGGUUGGCCGACUAAUGUGCGCCAUGUUGCACAUGUUACAUUUGAUAGGUUCAAUGGGUUCUUGGGUUUGCCAGAUGAGUUUGAACCAGAAGUACCCAGAAGGGCACCCAGCGCCAGCACAACUGUCUUUGGGGUUUCCACAGAAUCGAUGCAGUUGUCUUUCGAUACCAGAGGAAACAGUGUACCUGUAAUACUUAUUCUAUUGCAAAGGCGUCUUUAUGCGCAAGGUGGUCUACAGGCUGAAGGUAUAUUCAGAAUAAACGCGGAAAACAGCCAGGAGGAAUACGUUAGAGAACAGCUUAAUAGAGGUGUGGUUCCACAAGGGAUUGACGUUCAUUGUUUGGCUGGUCUUAUCAAGGCUUGGUUCAGAGAACUCCCAACUGGGGUAUUGGACUCUCUUUCGCCUGAUGAUGUAAUGCAGUGUCGAUCCGAGGAAGACUGUGCUGAUCUUGUGAGGCUUCUUCCCUCAACCGAAGCAGCUCUACUCGGUUGGGCCAUUAAUCUUAUGGCUGAUGUUGUCGAGAUGGAACAUCUCAACAAGAUGAAUGCACACAAUAUUGCUACGGUUUUCGCACCAAACAUGACACAGAUGGCAGAUCCGUUGACUGCAUUGAUGUAUGCAGUGCAAGUGAUGAACUUCCUAAAGUCACUUAUAACAAAGACACUACGAGAAAGGGUAGAAUCUGAUGCAGUAGGUGUACCGGUUUCUUGUACAGAUCCAUCGGACGAGAGUGGGAAUCGUAGCCCUUCGCAGCCGUCCAUCAUUAUACAGGGCCUUGAAAGUGCGUCUGAAUCAAACGAACUAGGAAACACCACUGAUGGGGAAGGAGGACACAGUUACUCGACCACUUCCAUGGAGGAAUCAUAUGAAGAAUGCGAAUCUCCUAAGAAAAAAGCAUUGAAUGGGCAAUCGAGUGUUGUGAAGGAUACUGUAAAUGUGGAUGUUGUUCAAGUACAAGAUAAGGGAAAGGGGAUUACUAAUUUGAGUCUUAUUAAUUCACUGACUCAAAGGAUUGAAGCUUGGAGAUGAAAAGAAGAAGAACAUAAUGUAGAUGAUGCUUUGACCAAUAUGUAACACAGUUUCGUUUCUUAGGAGGGUUUUGUAUAACAAUAUCACGAUGUUCUUUACUUUUUUUUUUAUUAAUUCCUUGUCCUGAUAUACUUUGAAAUCGAAAGAAAAUUGUCAAUUUUCGAUUAACACUGUA